AUGCCUCCUGAAGAUUCCGCCAAGAAACUCCGGGACUGGUAUGAAGACCAGAUUCCGCUUACAGUGGACGUCGUAGGAGAUUUUGCCGGCCGCGAGUUGUUUGCUAUUCAUGGCGAAUCACUCAUUCGAUACUGCUUAAAGGAGGCAAAAGUCGACCUUGAUGAAGGCUUUCAGCUUUUACACGCUGUUCAUGCUGUAGAGAAGCUGCUCAGCGAGUUGAAGCGACGAGAUUGCAAUUUCGACGUCCUCUUCUUUAGAGAUCACGAGAAUCUUUGUGUGCCCCAGCAUGCAGUUGGUUCGACCAAAGGUGCCAAGCAUCGCCUAACCCGUCGAAUUCUCAUUCAGCACUUCAUCAAAUCGAACCUUGAUUUUCGAAUUCUUGAAUUUGAUUCUUUCGAAAGCAAUGAAUGCAAGAGCUACUUGUCCAGCCAUGGCGUACAUUUUAUGCUGUGCGAUGACGGACGAGAUGGCACCACCGACCAAGCUACUCACCUGCAAUACCUGAUAUGGAAAGUCAUGGCGAGUGGAAGACACGUCGCCAUCAUUAAUUCUAUCACUUGGAAAAGUUCAAAGGUCAGGCUCUUUCUAAGAAAGAAAGAUAUGCAUGGCUUGUCUGUCAAGUUGCCGAUGCUCGAGGCGAAGGAACCUUUAUCACUUUCGGAUGGAGUGCUUCAGCAAACAGCUCAGCAUCCAUUCGGCGAUGCGGAUUAUCCUGCAAGAGAGAAGCAUUCGCUGGCUUUCUGUCGCGUCUAUAUCGAGCGUUGCGCUUCUGCAAAUGAAAUCGCCGAAGCUGACCUGCAUCGGGUGGAAGCUUUCCUUCUCCAAAUCGCAACACUCAAGUAUUGCUCUCUUCAGGAGAGGGCCUGCGUGGAACUUUGUAAGGAAGAUGGAAUGAUCGAAAACCAGGACCACGAAUUUCUCCACAUGUUCUGCGCAGCAACCCAGGGUUUGAUAGAAAUGCCAUCCGAACUGAACGAACAGGAAGGGUGGGAACUUUUCGACAUUGUCGAUGGACGAGUAUUCUUCUAUCUCCUUCGGGCGAUCAGAAGCGAAGGAGCGGUUCCCUCCGGAAUUCUAGAGCACGCCCGUGUUCUCUAUAACGAGACUUUCAGAGGAUGGGAUCGAGAAGUCAAGCAGCCCUUUGCUACACUCAAGUCAUCCAAAGGUUCGCGCCCCCCACCAAAAGCUGAAAAGGACUUGACUGCAUUGCCUUUCAGUCAUCCCGUACUGGAAAGCUUUCUCAAAGACGUCGAGAUUGGAGAGUCAGAAGAUACACAGGAUCCUAAUGCAGAGCUUGUGUUCGAAGAUCUCAGACAUUGGCAUGCCUACAAACUCGUCACCCAAACCAAGGUCCGUGAGAGGCUUCCCGUUUGGUUUGAAAAGGCUCGACAGAAGAAAAUGCAGCGACGAAUGGCUGAGGUCAUUUCCUAUGCGGCAAGUCUUACUAGUUUAACUGGCAAGACUUUCAAUCGAGAAACCAUCGUAGCCAGCUCUCAGCCGAAACCGAAACAGAGCAUUGCCACUAGCACUAAGAUUGCCAAGCCCAAGCAUCACAAACAGAAACCUGGAAAAGGAGGCAAGCAUAACGCCUUGCUGGAAGCACAAAAACGCAACGAUGAGAAAAUGAAGGCAAAACUAAUGGACAUUCUGAACCACUGGCGCGAUAAGUACAACGAAUUUGAGAAGGUCAAUAGCCCAAUCGAUCGCUACCUUAGGGCUUUAGAUUUCCAAUCCACAGGAUCUAGCGGCGGUCACGAUGCCGUAAAGCCAGAGGUGCGUAAGAAAACUCGUGAGGAUUCGCUUGAAGGGCUAUAUCUAGUUUCGAUGAUCUGGAGCUGGCUUGGGAAAAUAUCCCAGUCGGCUCAUUGUACACCGGACAUCGCCAGCGCUGUUCAAGAGAUCCUUAAGGCACUAGCGGCGACUCCAUUGCCUAUCACCACUAUCGAGACUCCUAGAACGCUCCCAUUCUACGUCAGACCAACAGUUUUGAAGAAGACUCCCAAGUUGGUGAAUAAUACUCGACUUCUGCAACUUCAACAUGGCGGCCCCUACAUGGACAGACGGUUUGACUCCAAGCCGGAUGCCAGAGUGCAAUUUGAGCCUGAUGCCUGGCAACGCGAUGUUCUCGAUUGUAUAGAUGCGAAUGAAAGCGUUUUGGUAGUAGCGCCAACUUCUGCUGGCAAAACAUUUAUCUCUUUCUACGCAAUGAAGAAGGUGCUUGAAGAAAGUGACGAUGGGAUUUUGGUCUACGUGGCGCCAACAAAAGCUUUGGUGAAUCAGAUUGCUGCGGAGAUAGAAGCACGUUUCUCCAAGUCAUACCAGAAACAAACAGGCAAAUCGAUAUGGGCAGUUCAUACUCGGGACUACCGCAUCAAUAACCCGUCUCAGUGCCAGAUAUUGGUCACUGUGCCCCAUAUGCUGCAAAUCAUGUUAUUGUCUCCCACGAAUGCAAUCGGCACAAAUGCGUGGUCUUGCCGAGUGAAGAGGAUAAUCUUCGACGAGGUCCAUUGCAUAGGACAGGCGGAUGAUGGUGUUGUAUGGGAACAGCUGCUGCUCCUGGCACCUUGUCCAAUCAUUGCCCUUUCCGCCACGGUAGGCAACCCUGACGAGCUCAGAGACUGGCUGGCGACAUCACAGGCACAAAAGGGUUAUGAUAUGAAGAUGGUCGUUCACGGGGUGAGAUAUUCAGAUCUCCGUAAGUUUACAUAUGACCCACCGAAGGAUUUUGCUUUUGAGGGCCUCUCAAACUCAACGCAACUUCCUGUCCCUGGUUUGGAUGAAGGCGACAACAUCAGUCACAACUUCAGGUUUGUGCAUCCAGUGGUUGCACUGAAAGAUCGAAACAGAUCUGUGUUGGACGACGUGAGCCUAGAGGCAAGAGACUGUCUCACACUGUGGAAGCACAUGAGAAAGACAUUUCCCUCGACACUUCUGCCCGAGACAGCUAAACUAGAUCCUGUGAAUGUCUUACCUGAAUGGAUCGAAAAGCAACAUGUUAUUGAAUGGGAGAAGGACCUGAAGGUUGUGCUCAGGGGGGUCAUGAAAAUGGAGAAUUCACCAUUUACUGACCUACAGGAGAGCCUUGCGAAUCUGGAGUCUCCGGACCAACCCGUUGUUGCUGUUGAGCGACAUUUUAAAAAGCUUUUCCCUUUGGUUUGUGAUCUCCACAGGCUGGAUUCUUUGCCAGCCCUUGUGUUCAACUACGACCGCUCAGAAUGCGAAGAAUGCGUCAAACAUAUGCUCUUCGAACUCGAAACUGCAGAGAGUAAGUUCAGAGAAACGGAUCAGGCAUGGCAGCAAAAGGUUCAAAAGUUUGAAGACUGGAAGAAACAGAAUGACAGCGACCGUGAUCCCAAUCGAUCUAAGGUCGUGGAAAGAUUAUUUCCCAACCGACCUAAAGAUGCAGAUGAUAAUAUUUCCAAGCUUGACCUGGUUCGUGAGGAGGCGAGUGAGGAGAUCAGCAGAUGGGAAAGCUUCGACCCGGAGGCACCUUUGGAUCAAUUCAGUUUCGCAGACACGACAAGGAUGCAGCAACGUGAUUUUGACGAUUUGGUGUGCAGUCUGAGCAGCUCCAAGGUCCCAUCAUGGUUUAUUGAUGCUCUUCGCCGUGGGUUGGGCGUUCAUCACGCUGGUAUGAACCGACGCUAUCGUCAGAUUGUAGAAAUGUUAUUUCGCCGGGGCUACCUCAGGGUAGUUGUCGCCACUGGGACGCUCGCACUUGGUAUCAAUAUGCCCUGCAAAACUGUUGUUUUCAGUGGCGAUUCCGUUUUCUUAUCGCCUCAGAACUAUCGACAAGCCUCUGGUCGUGCUGGUCGAAGAGGCUUUGAUCUUCUAGGCAAUGUUGUUUUCAAUGGCAUUGACCAAGAGCGAGUUCAUGAAAUCAUGUCCUCGCGCCUACCAGCCCUGAGAGGCCAGUUUCCCGUUUCGACUACUUUGAUUCUCCGACUUUUUAUCCUUCUUGAUGGCACAGACGGCUCCCCUUUUGCAGUAAAUGCAGUCAAUGCGCUUUUGUCGCAAACUCGAUUGUAUCUCGGAGGGCCAGAUGCUGAAAUGUCCGUCAAGCAUCAUCUACGGUUCUCGAUCGAGUACUUGCGACGUCAGAAUCUUUUGUCGGCAAAGGGAGCACCUGUGAACUUUGCUGGGUUAGUCGGCCAUUUGUAUUUCACUGAGAAUGCUGUUUUUGCAUUUCACUCUUUGCUUCGAGGGGGCUAUUUUCACAGAUUGUGUGAAGAUAUUGAAGAUGCCCCUGAUCGGGUUCUUCGUGAGUUGAUGCUGGUGCUCAGUCACCUUUUCAACCGCAUUCCCAUCAAGCGAACACCAAGGCUUACCGCCAGAGUAGCCCAGUCGUCAUCAGAGAUCUUUUUGAGGCGGCUACCAGGGCCUGCAGAGAAGCUCCUUAUUGACCACAAUCAGAAUGUGUUGUCAAUCUUCAAAGAUUAUGUCAACUCAUACAUCAACCAGCACCUAGGGGAUAAACCAGACCGCGAACUACCCUUAACCAAGGUGUUGGUUGGACCCAGAAAGCCUUGCGAGUCCUCGUUCAUGGGUGGAAACCCAACCGUCAUUCGGUCACCAUUCGCAGCCCUGUCUGGAUUUGGUGAUGAUUUCGCGACCAUUAAUGACUUGUGUUCAGGUGUGAGAGGUGGUGUUUUCUUGGAGGAGUCUGCCAUAUCAUGCAUCCCCAUCUGGCCUCACGACACUGACACUGAGUUUAACGCUUAUAUCUACGACUUUUUCAAACAUGGGAGUUUGAAGGUACUCAUACGUGACAACCAAAUCAAAGAAGGAGAUGUUUGGUUUCACCUAAAAGAUUUUUCACUUGUGCUCAAGACUAUUGUGACCAGUCUAAAGGGCGUCAUGAGUGCUGAAGGAGACUACGAUCUUGACGAUCUUGACGGUGAUGACACCUACAUGGAGGAAUCAGAAGUCCUAAUCGAUGAAGUCGAGACAGAGAAACCAGAAGAGGUUGCCGAGAAGACCGUCAAGCGUCCCAAAAAGGUCAAAGUUCAAGAGAGCUGGGAUGACGACAGCGACGAAAGCGAUCCUGGGAGCACUGGAUCGACUACUGGAAUGUCACAGUCGAACGUUAACAGAAAGGGUGGAUUGAUCUUGGUGCUGAGGGCUUUCAAGUUAUUGGAGGAGGACUUCUCAAAGAAGUUUUGCAAGAUUGGGGCCUAG